AUGAAACCCGCUGCAGUGGCCCCGGCCAAAAGGAUCCCCAAAGGCCCCAGGACCAAGCAGCCGUCCCGGGCCAACCAGCCCCCGCAGACCCAGGACCUGGAUAUGAUGCAGUGCAUCGCAUUUGCAACGGCAGACCAGUAUCACCUCCCGACGCUGGGCCACGACCUGAUCGGGAACGGCUUUCAGGAGAUUGAUUUGCCACGAGACGCUUCUAACGUCCUGGUGAUCAGCACUGACCUCGCUGCCAAACCCGACGACAGCGCUCACGUCUUCUUUUUCAGGGAAGGUUCUGUAGUUUUCUGGAACGUUGAGGAUAAAACCCUUAAAAGAGUGUUGCGGAUAUUGGAGCGUCACGAGGUGCAGCCGUAUGAAGUGGCGUUGGUGCACUGGGAGAACGAGGAGAUCAACUACACUGUGGGAGAAGGAAACACAAAACUGGAGCGAGGAAACUUCAUCCUGAAGGAACAGAUGGAACCACAAGAAGCUGUUCUGGAAAAGUUUGCUUUUUCCAACGCUCUCUGCCUGUCGGUGAAGCUGGCCAUUUGGGAGGUGGCUCUGGACAACUUUGUGGACUCGAUCCAGUCCAUUCCGGAGACGCUAAAGUCGGGAAAACGAGUCAAGCUCUCCUCUGCAGAAGUGAUGCAAAAGAUUGGAGAGCUUUUCACACUCAGACACUGCAUAAACCUGAGGUCGGACCUGCUCAUGACUCCAGACUUCUACUGGGACCGAGAGAACCUGGAAAAACUCUACGAUAAAACCUGCCAGUUUCUCAGUAUCAACCGCAGAGUCAAUGUGGUGAAUGAGAAGCUGGAGCACUGUUCGCAGCUGACCGACCUCAUGCGGAGCCAUCUGAGUGAGAAGCACAGUUUGAGACUCGAAUGGAUGAUUGUUAUUCUCAUCACGAUUGAGGUGAUGUUUGAACUGGUGCGAAUGGUUUUCUGA